CAGACCAUUCUAUCUCUGCAAUGUCUCAGACGUCUACUGAAAUUUUGAAUUUACAAUGUAGUAAACACAUGCUUAAUUUGCAACCGGGCGUGGUAAAAUUCUUUCGAAAACUGCCCGACGGAUGUGGCUAGUAUAGGUGAUACUGAUUUCCCGUUAAUUUUCUCACUGUGACUGUGACACUGUGAAAUCUAUCAGACACAACCCUCCAAUUGUUGCUCAUUCAACGCUUUGCAGAUCUAGAGUCCGCUCCAAGUGGUGACUAAACAAUGCAGCUGCAAUCCUUUGCUGCUUGUACUCUUUUCUGCUUGCUGGCUACUUAUGCUUCGACGGUGUCAGGGUUUGAAGGUAGCACUUUUUUCGUCGGUCACGCCCAUAACGUGGUGAAUGUUACGUUCAACGCCACGCACCACCAAGCCGGUUUCUUGUUUGCAAACGGAAACGCGUCUGCCGUAGUCGGAGAGAUACGUGGAUUAGACUGUAGCAAGAAGGACAAGGUCAUGUGCUGGUCGGAUGCGAAGAAUAACGAAAUCAGGUGCUCGGAUUCGGAAUCGAUCGAGAAGUGCGCCGAUGAUCGGUUUGAUUACCAUAUCAAGUCUGUAGCCUGGAAUCUAGAAAGAACCGGUGGAGUCGCUCUGCAUCAGUGCAACACGAUGGUCUACUGGACCGAUUUGGGCCGAUCGACGAUUAGCGUGAUGAAAGUUGGAAAAAAUAAUCUGGACGAGGUAACGCGCGGAGUGUCUAAGGACAUUCUGACGGCAGAGGACGGACUUGAAGAGCCGCUUUCGAUUGCAGUCGACUCGUGCGCGGGGUAUAUAUUCUUUACGGAUGUGGGACCGUUUGAUGUGCAAGUGGCGAGAGCCGAGACGGACGGAUCGCGCGUGAAAACACUCGCCACUCGCACGCCCGAUCGUUCGGCCUUGCGUUCCCCGCAGGCUCUCGCUCUCGACCGUCUCAAACAGAUCGUCUUCUUUGGCGACAAACACCGUCAGGAGAUAUACAAGAUGGACUACAACGGCAACAACUACAUGAAGAUAACAAGAGCAAGGGCGGGACAGAUCAACGACAUGGCUUUGGGAUGCAAAGGUUUAGGUCUUGUCUACACGGUUGCUACUCGCAACGAUCCUGCCUACUUGCAUGUUGGAGACUCUGAGCCUCACAAGAUGAAUUUCAGUGUUGUAUACAAAAGCUAUUACGGUGUUUGCUCUUAUUGCGAUCACUGCCAGUGUCAGAGCCUCAGUCCGUGCUCACUGCAGAACGGCGGCUGCAGUCAUUUGUGUUUCACCUCACCUUCAGGAGAGAGAAGGUGCGACUGCCCGCUCGCAUAUAGACUCGACGAUCAAGACAACACUCAAUGCAAAGUUGCAACCGAUCACCUGUUGGUCGCCAACGUUAAAAAUCUCUUGUGGAUCGAAGCGAUGCAAAAUAGCAGCUUGUUUGGAACAGACUCGAAAGUCUUACCCAUCGGUCAUCUAAGAAGUAUGGUCGCACUCGACUACGUGAAACGCUCCGGACACUCGUAUAUCGUGUAUACAAACAAUUUCGCCGUACAGCGCAGUCGACUCGACGGCUCAGAGACGCUUACGAUCGUCGGCGGGCUUCCGGAUGCCAAGGGCAUUGCAGCAGACUGCGCAACAGGCAACAUCUACUACACUGAUCUCGCAAAGCCUUUAAUCGCAGUGUCAAACUUUGACGGUACGCUGCAGACGGUCUGCUUUUCAAGUCCGACAGUUAGCAAGCCAUUCUCUCUAGCACUAAACAUUAAGAUCGGGACGUUUUACUUCAGCGAUAUCGACAGGUCGGCUAUCUAUGAGGCAUCGAUGGAUUGCACUGGGUCACCGAAGGUGCUCGUUUCCGUCUACAUGGCAGCGGGUUUGACGCUCGAUGAGAGCGCUCAGCUUCUGUAUUGGGCCGAGUUUGCGCAAGCGACUAUACACUACGUCGAUCUUAAGACGAAAUUGCAAAGUGAAAUCUCUGUUUCCUUCUCCUACAUCAGAAGACCGUUUGACAUGACACUACUCGGAAAUUACUUGUACGUUACGGACUGGGUGUCCCACUGUGUUAGCCGCGUGCAUAAAACGUCCGGUAGCGUGCAAGGCGUAUCGUGCAACCACAACCCAAGGCUCAACGGCAUUGCUCAUUUACAGAAAACGUGCACGAAGGCAUCAGGCGUUUGCAGUACGUGUCGUCACCCGCAGAUGUGCAUGCUCUCGUCUGGAAGCUCAUCGUACGUGUGCGUAUGCCCGAGUGGGUUGAUCACCAGUGGAAGCAGCUGCAUACUUCCAAGCGAAACCUUCCUUCUCGCGGCAUCGAUGAAAUCUAUCAUUGCUAUCCCCGUAAGAGAAAGUGCGUCGUGGACCGCGCGACUUCCUCUGCCUCCUCAGACAAACCUCGUCGCCAUAGAUUACGACUACAAAGGGAAGCGAGUGUUUUGGACAAACGUUGAUGCAAAAAAUAUACAGUCGGCGAAUCUAGACGGAAGCAACGUGACAACGGUGCUUUCUCACGACCGUCAUCGAGACGUUUGUCGUCUCUGCGUGCCGGACGGACUCGUUUACGACUCUACGAACGACCGUCUGUAUUACACGGACUAUCGAGCCAACGAAAUAUGCUACGUCACGCCAGACGGUGAGGUUCAUCGCGUCGUGGACGGUCUCGACGGCCCGAGAUCUCUCAUCGUGAGACCCGACCAAAAUAAGUUGUACUUCACUGAAUGGGGAAAUAAUGCCACCAUCUCUUCGCUGGAUAUCUCGAGUCGCGUAUCCGAACAUGCAACACCUAAGGUACUGCUCUCGACGGGCAUUUCAUGGCCUAACGCUUUGGCUAUGAGUAAAGACGGAAAGACUUUGUACUUUGGAGACGCCAAGGAAGAUUACGUCGCCUCAUUCGACUUGCAAUCGCAACGCGUCACAUAUAUUACUAAUUCGACUCACAUCUAUGCCCUUGACGUGUACGAUGACUACAUCUACUGGACGGACUGGGACAGUGGCGUACACAAGAUUCCGGUCAAAGGCGGUACCGUGAUCCAGUUGGCGACCAGAAGCGACGUGCAUCGAGCAUCCGGCAUACGGGUGUUCAGGCCGAAAGAAUGAUGCGAGGAUCACGUUUUGUCGUUUGUGAUUGUGCCUGGUAAGUUGUAGUUGGUCCUCAGCAUUGGUAGUGAUUGCAAUGAGUGAACAUUGUUUGAUCUGUGGUUCGUCUGUUUGCUUUCUUGACUCGCUCUUGGGCAAAGAUAAUUGCUGCAUGCAUCUCUUUGUUCUAUUGAUGUUGCGCGUGUUGGGUGACGUUACGUUAUGCAAGAUUAUUCACACUGACCACUGUUGUUGCCGUGACGUUAACGUACUGUACUCAUUUUAGUAACGUAAUCUAAGACGUUGAGAUAGAUUCAACU